AUGAAGUUCCUGGCCAUUUCUCUUUUCCUGGUUGCUUCCUUCACGGAGCAAAGUUCAGCCUAUUGUAACGAUAGACCAGUUCCUGCAAAUUGGGGUGGAGCCCUGCUUCACUGCAACUCAGGGUGUCUAGCAUGUUCUGCUUCCGUUGACAACAACGAUGGUACCAAGGAUGUCUGGAUCAAUGGAUAUGAUUGCCUGCAGAAGUCUCUCAGUUGGAUGUGCUGCACCGAUGCUUCAUGUACUUCGGGCAGUGUCGUGAACGCCAAUGACACGAACAUGAAGGAGAACACCCACGUUCUCCACAUUCAGAACAUCCCCGUGGACCAAAUGAGCCUCAAGAUCCAAGUCCAUGAUAAGGCAGUCUACGGCAAUGACAGUGUUAGAAUAGACAAAUGCAGUGGAACUCAGAAUCCAGGAGGAAUCUGCACCAAUGUGUGCUCACAAGUGGUCAGCCUCGCCGAUUGCCCUGGUCCCUUCAACCCCAGUCAGUCUUCACACUUGGAGAACGAGUUGGACUCGGACAUCAGUAUUAUGGAACCGUCCAUGGACUCGGAGUUUGACAAUUCCAACAAUGCUCCUUCUGAUGCCCAACUGGGAGAGGGCGUCGUUGAGGUGGCAAGCAAUGGCGAGUGCCAGCUGCUCCAUGACAUUGUUGAAGAAACUUUGAACAAUGAUACUGUGUUCAACAAGGAUGCUGUGUCCAUUGCCAAUCUAGGCGGAUACCCCACCAUCAAGCACACCCAGGUGGGUGAGAACGAAAAUUUCACUGUUUCAAGCAUUGAGAAGAUGGUGCAGCGGCAAGAUUCCGAGGAGUGUCGUCUCCCUGAAGCUAAUGCUUCUCAAAAGCAUUGUAAUACUUUUGAAGAAAGCCUUGUGGUGGAAGCAGCCGAGUUAGCGUAUGCCGAGUUCAAGGAAGAUACAACUGCCUUUUCGUAA